AUGCUGUUCUCACUGUUCCCUCUACAGCAUAAACAUUGGUCCAAAUACAGACCCUUGGGGUACCUCGGCGUAGGAUUUUGAUUUAGAUCUAUAGGAUGGUACAUCUUGAAACGAACUGAACAUUUGUCAUUCCCCGUAUUUUAAUGUGCCUUUCAGGUCUCUCCAAGUAAAGUAGCGAGAAGGAGGCGAUAAGAUCAGAGGUACGGUGGUGGGGAGAGGAUGAUCUGAAACAACACUGUGAGAACGAUAGAAAAAAGACAGAUUGGGGGAGGCUGAGAUGACGGCAGGGUAGGAGAGUUGAUGAGAAGAGUGAGGGAGGAAGGGAAGGAGGAGGCGACUGAACAGGUCAUACAGACCAAAAGGUGCAUCGAGGAAGGCACCUAUGUCAAGCUGCUAUAGUCAAGGUUCCUUACAGUUAACUGAAAGGGAGGGAAAACUCAAGAGUGAACAAAAAGAACAGCUAGGGAGAGUUGCAUGUGGUAGGAUAGGGAUUUGAGCAACAGACAGAAGAUCAGAUGCAUCCAAAAUGGCGCAUCUCAGUGUAGCUGACGACUGAGCUGGUCUGGGGAUUGGAUUGGGGUCAACUCGGCCGGAACUCGACCUCCGGUUUAGAACCAGUCUCAUUGACCACCUGGCAGAUCAUCAGCAACCUAUGACCUAACGCUCUGUUGGAAAUCUACACAACACAUGCUGACAGUGAUGGAGGUGUCUGUGCAGCUGUAUGCGUUGCUGUUGGGUGGAGCGGUCGCCCUGUCACUCAUCCUGUUGACUGGCCUGUGUCUCAGCUGCAGAAGACACAACCUGCCUACGUCCAUUCAGCAGCGUUACAGUGAGGAUUACACUCAGCACACCCCAGGUUUUGGCUUGGCCCACCCACCAUACAACCCCUCUGCUGCCACAAGCUGGGGUGCUCCCCCUUCCAGCCUUCUUUCACCCAUUUCACCACAGAUCGUUCUGAGACCGAACUCUGUCACACCGACUGAAAAUGAGAGUAAUGACGGCUAUGAGAGUCCAGGAGAUGAGUAUGUCAACGAGGACAGCUAUGAACAAGGAUACCUAAUGGUGUUACCAUCAGUUCUUCCUGGGACUGGGUCUCUGCGUCAUUCCAACCAAUGUCUAAGCUCCCAAGGCACAGAAAACAGUGGCGCGGUUGACAAUAUGAAAAUCAAUAUGAAUGUCGACGUGGAAAAGAGUGAUGACAGUGAUGACGGCAGCAACGACUAUGUCAAUACUAAAGAAAACAGUGGAGCAGAGGGCAACAUGAAUAUCGACGUGGAAAAGAGUGAUGACAGUGAUGAAGGCAACGACUAUGUCAAUACUAAAGAUAUGUGAAGCCUCCCCAUCAUGUAGCUGAUUCCGACGGGGAGGGAAUUGAUGAGUCGCUCGACUGCUGGAUUUGAGUGCAACCAAGUUUGUCAAAGACUACACAGCGUAACUAACAUCUACAUAGGGGUUCUGCAAUAUGGACAAGAGCACUGUGCAACUCACUGCUGUGGCUGAUGAAACUUUUCAAAAGACCUUAAUCUCAUCCACCAGCCGUCUCUCUCCGAACUAUGCGGUAAUAAUUAAGGCAUAGGGAGGACAUGUAAGAUUUAUUGUAUGGCUUCGAACACCUCUCUUGGUGCCCCAGCUGCUUGUGAGCUACCAGCUAUAACCAUGAUUUUUGUUCUUAUCUUUAAGCUUUUUUCUGACUAUUAAAGAGAGGAUGACAGUAGGGAAAGAUAAAGGUGGUGUCAAAGGGCAGUAGGCCAGAUUUGAACCCAUGUUGACGGCAUUACCGUUUUCAAUGUAUGGAUUUGCUGACGACUCCUGAGAAUGUUCGUUCUAGUUUACCCAUUUUCUCUUAGCUGUAUUUAUACUUUUUUUUUUUUUUACUGUGGAAUCAUGUUAACUACAUUCAAAUCUGGUUUUAUAGUUGAAGUUACUUUUGUCACUAUAUAAGAAAUGCUUUGCCAUAAUCUGUAGCCCUAUUCGGACAGGAUAAGUUUCACUGGGGGAGCUCAGUUAGUGUAAUGUGCAUGAGCACAAAUCACAUCUGUAAUUUCAGUCCCAUUUUAGUAAUACUUUUUUUUUAAUAAUCCCAUCCCUAAGGUUGGGUCCUCUGAUAGUGUGAAUCGUCAUCCCUGUGUUUUGAGGGAUAUUACAGUUUAACAGGUGCUGCACCUGGUUUGGGAAUGCACUUGGGAACACAUUGAUGCUUAAAACAGUGCUAUGAAUGUAGCGUAAUGAUAAAUUCUGUUUGGUCACAACUUCCCUAGUGCCAUACUUCUUUUACAAGAUGAAGUGGAUGAUACUGUGCCAAAUACGUCCGGUAAUUAAGUCUGCAUAGGUUCUUAUUGAUAUGCAUUAUUUUUGACUUUCUCCGAACUGAAGGCCAUUAGGCUGUCCCAAGAUGCGAAAUAUCUUCAUGCCUAGAAGAGCCUCCAGUCAUAAUGGUCCAUUUUGAAUGAGGGAAAAAAUGAAUCCCAUCCGAAUCGUCCUCUGGAAAAACUGACAGCUGACUUUCUACAGUAAUACUAAUCCUGUGAGAAUAGGGCUUAAACCAUGUGUGUGAUUUCUGAAUGCAUUGUGUUAUAGCAAGAUUGGGUGAUGCGCCAUGGGUGGCAUAGUUUACUAUUAAUGAUUCAAAUCAGUUUAUGGUGAAAUUCACAAAUGCUUAUGUUUGUCAUAUACCUUUAAAAUAAAUCUAAAUGAACAAGA